AUGGUUUUAACGAAUAUUUUCAAAUUUUGGUUAUUACUCAUUUUAAGUGCGUUUAUAAUUCCUAGCCCGUGCAAACCUGCUCGAUUGCUAUUGCUUGUACAGUAUUAUCCCAGCCAUGCACAAAUCCUAUCUGUUAUUGGUGAAGAACUUCAACAACGUGGUCAUAAUAUUACAAUUUUGACAUCAUCUUCCAAUUAUCAGUUCUUAAAGAAGAGAAAUCUAACUAUUCGAUACUAUCAGACACCAGUCGAUAACGAGGCAAUAUCUUUAUGUACUGCAAUAGCGUUCAAAAAUGAUGAUCAAAUGCUUACCCCAUGCUCUCGUACUAUGACAGAUGAUGUAAAUGCAUUUACCCUACAAAAAGAAAUACUAGAUGAGAUGAAAAAGCAACAAUUCGAUGGAUUAAUUUGUGACUUUCUCAGUUACAUCUGCCAAAUUGUUGCCGGCUAUACCAAAAUUCCAAUCCAAAUUGAUAUUUUAGCUAAUGGAUUUAUCGAUCCUCUAACUGCAGAAUCAUUUCAUAUGCCUAGCCCAACGGCUUACGUACCCCAAAUCGGAAUGAUAGCAACAAAUAAGAUGAAUCUAUUUCAGCGUAUUAUUAACACCAUACUGGGAUACACAAUAUCAUUUAUUUGUGACAAGGUCAUAUUAGACUUUUAUAUAUAUCAGAAAGUCAAUAUCUCCCAUUUAGGAUUUUCAUCUCCUCCUAAAUUUAGCUUUAGAAAAGCAACAUUUCUACUUGUUAAUAGUGAUUUCGCAUUAGAUUAUCCGCGUCCACUUCCUCCCCAUGUCAAAGUGGUUGGUCCAAUCCUGUCUAAGCCAGCUGUUCAAUUACCUGAAAAUUUGGAAGCAUUUAUUGCUGCUAACCGUAAUGGUACUAUACUAGUAUCAUUUGGAACAAUUAUAAAUUUAAAUAAUAUAUUCGAUCUACAAAUACUACUCUACGCAUUUGCACGAUUACCUUAUCAUGUGAUAUGGAAAUGUAACACCACUUCGUCUCUCAAGGACAUACCUAAUAAUGUUCAGGUAUUAGAUUGGGUACCACAAAAUGAUGUUCUUGGUCAUCCUAACGUGAUCGGAUUUGUAACCCAUUGCGGAGUUAACAGUGUCCUAGAAGCAGCCUAUCAUAGUGUCCCCAUUGUGGGUUUACCGAUAGCUGGAGACCAGGUUUCAUUCGCACAAAAAGUACAGUCUAAAAAUACAGGUGUUAUUUUAAAUAUUAAAUCGUUUAAUGGAAAUGAUCUAUUCCAUGCUAUCACGAAGAUUACAACAGAUCCAUGGAUACGUGGAAAUACCAGUAAAAUAUCUAGAUUGAUCAAGAAUAGAUGUAAUCAUAGAACGCCAAAGCAAGAAGCCGGUGAUUGGAUAGAAUUUGCAUUAAAUUCUAAUGGUGGAAAUUAUUUACGAACUGAAGAGUACAAUUUAUAUUGGUAUCAGUUACAUUUAAUCGAUGUUGCGGUUGUAUUAGUUAUAAUUGGACUUUUAAUGAUAAAAGUAAUUAUGUGGAUAUGUAGAAGAGUACCAAUUAGGAGCUGGAAUUUAUUGCAAGAAUUAAAAUUAAAGGUCUUAUAG